CGCCCCGCAGCGCGGAUGGCUGCGGCGCGCUGCGCUGAGGGCACCGCCGGGGCUGGAGCCGGAGCCGGGCGCGGGGCAGCGCUCCGCUCCGCUCCGCUCGGGGUGUGCCGCCUGCUGGUCGCCGCCCGCCCCGCGCCGGGACCGGGGGCUGAGCGCUCGACGCGCUGCUUGGGGCCGGCGGGCGGUGCGAGGUGUUUGUGCCCAACUGGUGCUGAGCUGCGCGUCCCUGGGCUCAGUAACAAGCGAACAGGGAAAGGUUUUGGUUUGCAAAUACAGUGCUACCAAUGCGAGGAGUUCCAGCUAAACAAUGACUGCUCCUCUCCGGAGUUCAUUGUGAACUGUACGGUGAACGUUCAAGAUAUGUGUCAGAAAGAAGUAAUGGAGAAAAGUUUUGGAAUCAUGUAUCGCAAAUCCUGCGCAUCUUCAGCAGCGUGUCUGAUAGCUUCUGCUGGAUACCAAUCUUUUUGCUCUCCAGGGAAAGUGAACUCUGUGUGUAUCAGUUGCUGCAACACUCCGCUCUGCAACGGACCCCGGCCGAAGAAGAGGGGGAAUUCUGGUGUGAUGCUGAGGGCACACAUGAUAACCACCGCUCUGCUCCUUGAAUUCUCUCUCUUGUUUUUGUAUUGCUAAACUUGGAGCAAGUUUCUUGUCCUGACACAGUUUGUUCUAUCUCCUUUCUUCAAAGACACUGCAAUUAUUUUCUAUUUGUUUUUAAGUCUCUACCAACAGUGAGGGAAGUUCAGUGGUUGUGCAGAAAGAGGCUGACGCUUCUGGCAGCUAAUGCAGAAAUCAGAACGUGGGAAGUUCCAUCCUAAUGCAAGGAAGAACUUUACUCUGGAGCAAUGGAACAGGCUGCCUGGAGAGGUUGUGGUGUCUCCCUCUGGAGAUAUUCAAGACCCACCUGGAUGGUUGUGUGACUGCUGCAGGGAGCCUGACUUUGCAGGGGGGUUGGACUCAAUGAUCUCUAGAGGUCCGUUCCAACCUCUACAAUUCUCUGUGAUUGUGUGAUUCUGUGAAUUCAGUUAGCAGAUUGAGAUUUUUAAGUGCACAUUGGAAAUUCAACAGCAAGAUAAAGAACUGCUGCUCUUUUUGCACAACUGGAAACAAAUCCAUUGUGUUAUUACUUUAAGAUGUAGUCAAGUCCUCAGCCACUUUAGUUCACAUGUUUUGAUGUUCAUUGCUGCCCAUUGCCUUAUGAAGUCAUACUUCACGUUCACAAAGGCCAUUCUGUGCAUCUGGGCGAGGCUUUGAGCUCAUCUCCAGUGGCACUUCUUCCAAGCUGGGCUCCUGCAAUUCAAGACCUGGCUUCUGCAGACUGCAGUUGGGGUUGGCCUCGUUCUGAAAAGUACUUAAACCUUUGCUAUUGCUCCUUGUGGAAGAGCUGCGCCUGGAGGAAAUGAAGAGCAGCGGGCGUAAAGACCGGCUGCUCCUGGCUCUAGAGCUCAGGUUGGCUCUGAGAAACUUCUCUUUGUUGGCGUGCUCUAUCGUCAGGUGGCAGCGGAGGACCUGCAGAAACACACUGCGGAACUGCUGAGAAGAGAUAUUGUACAGCAGGGGGUUCACCACGGAGCUGAGGUAGAAGAAAAUGUCAGCAAUGGGAAGGAGAAUGAUGUACGCCCUGAAGUAGGGGACGGUCCAGUCCUGCUUUGGUUUAGCAGCAGCCAUGAUCCUUCUAAUCUGGUUUGGCAUCCAGCAUAUUGCCAAGGUUGCAACGAUCAGUCCUAUGAACAAGAAGAGGGAGAAGUGUGAAUAUUUGGGUGGGGGGAAACAUAAGGUAUUAAGUAUCAGUUCUGCACAUACUUGUUAGGAAAUAGUACCAGUUUUUCAGUGUUUGGCUUAACAGCUUUUUCUGCCAGCAGCAUAUUUUGUUUGUUUUGAUAACUUAGGAGGUCAUUGCAGCAUAUGCUACGACAAAAGACUGCACAGUGCUUGGAUAGUGGUCCUUUGUACCUGUUGCCAUUUAUUUAUUUAUCUUCCAUGUUCUCUCAUCAAUACCUGUAUCUUUGCAAAGAAUGGAUAUUCGGUUUGCUCUGCGUUCUUACACUUAUGUUUUUCCCUUUACUUUGGAAAAGCAAACAAAAUAAAUAGAACCGAUAGCCAUAUAAGAUCAGGCAAUACCCAGAAGAGAUCAGAUUCUUGUUUGUACUUAACAAAAAAAAAAAAAAAAAAGGCAACAAGUGUAUGCAUAAUAAUAUAUUUGGUGUUAUUUUUGGUAAAUUUCCUCUUACAGAAGAUAUUUUUAAGUAAAAUAUGUAUGGAUCUUUUUAUGGUAAUUAAGAUACGUUGGACUUUCUUAAAAAAGAUGGAAUUCCAGUGGAAUUAAAUUAUGAAUGUAAAUGAGAAAAACCCAAGCCUGGUCACAGAAGUGUAAGUGGUUUCAGAUUAUAAAUUCUGCUCAAAAAUGUGGUAUCUGACCAUUUUGUAUUUAUAUGUAAAUAUAAAUACACGUUGCUGCAUCACUAACGGCAUUAAAAAGGGGAUGACUUCAGUGUUGGACGUCUGAGAGCUCCACCUCCACAGCCAGGAGUGCUGCAGUGCUAUAGCAGCGAUGGCACCAUCAGCCCUGCAGCCCUGCAGGGACAGGUGAGUGCAGUGAGCAGGAGGCUGAGCAGGGACGGUGCUGUGGUGCUGCUGACACGGGCACAUGCUGGGCAUCCCAACACUCCACUUAAAAUGCGAGGGAGACGAAAGGAUUUCUCCUCAGCACUUUCCCCUGAAGCUUCUGAAACAAAACAUGACCACAAGUUUACUGCUUCCACUUUGUUCUUCUCUUUGCAGGAAACGUGCCUUAUUUGAGUGCUUAAGGAGUGGAAGCUGCAGGUUGGCUUCCCUGCUGCAGGUGCACAAAGUAGUAGAGAAUAUCUCAGUGGUGAAUGGUUUAUGCUUUCCAUAGACACUUGUUAUACUGUUUAUCUCCUCCAGCAUCUUGCCUUUUUUCCCAGCAGAAACACAGAAACAUUUUAAUUCUUACCUGUCUAGAAUGUCAUUAAAAAGAUCACUAGGAAGGCAAUUCUGAAAUAGUAUAUUAUUUACUUGUCUUACUAGUGAGAAGCCUUGAAUGUAAGGGGAAAGGAGGACAGAAAAGAGAAGCAAUUUUUUCUGUAACUCUGGAACUGCCAGGACUGAGGAGGCUGUGUCCUGGUUCUCUCCACUAGCACCACUUUGAUGAGGGGAAAAGAAGAAAAGAUUUUCUUAAUGAAAGCCAUAGUUAUUUUUAAAAAAAAUAACAUGAUCUCAUUGAAUGACAGAUCCCAAAUAAAGGUCAUCUUUUUGAUCAUUAACUUCCAUAAUCACUUGAUGUCACAGUGGUUUUGAUGGAGAAGGACCUGAAAAACACAGCCACAGA